GCAGUUGUAAGAUAUACUGGUGUCCCUUACGAUGCUAUAAAUAUAAUCGAAGAACAAGCUGUAGGGUUAGAUAUCGAUGAACAAUAUCCAAUUGAUAUACACACUGUAAGACAUGUUAUUGAAUGUUAAUAAUUUAUUUUUCUAUAUAUUAUUAUGUGUUUUAAGGAAGUUGUAAGAAAUACUUGUGUUCCUGACAAUGCUAUAAAUAUAAUCGAAGGACAUGCUGUAAUGUUAGAUAACAAGGAACAAAAUCCAAUUGUUAUACAAACA